CCUCUCGGCUUCGGUCGCCAUUCUUCCGGUAGCAAUGGCUGCGGCCGUGGCCGUGAAGCUGAGAGGGGAGCUCCUGCCCCUGGCGGGCCUGCUGCCCACCCUCCAGCCUGUGCGCUAUGGCUCCAAGGCAGUAACCCGCCACUGGCGUGUCAUGCACUUUCAGCGGCAGAAGCUGAUGGCUGUGACUGAGUAUAUUCCCCCCAAACUUGCCAUCAACCCAAGAUGCCUGCCACCUCCCCCCAGCCCUCCAAAGGAGGAGACAGGCCUCAUUCGCCUCCUUCGUAAGGAGAUAGCAGCAGUUUUCCGAGACAAUCGAAUGAUUGCGGUGUGCCAGAAUGUAGCUAUGAGUGCAGAGGACAAGAUUCUCAUUCGUCACCAGCUGCGAAAACAUAACAUCUUAAUGAAGAUCUUCCCCAAUCAGGUUAUGAAGCCUUUUCUGGAGGGUUCUAAGUACCAAAACCUGCUGCCCCUUUUUGUGGGUCAUAAUAUGCUGCUGGUCAGUCAGGAGCCCAAGGUCAAGGAGAUGGUGCGGAUCUUAAAAACUGUGCCUUUCCUGCCAUUGCUAGGUGGCUGCAUUGAUGACACCAUCCUCAGCAGGCAAGGCUUCAUCAACUACUCCAAGCUGCCCAGCCUACCCCUGCUGCAGGGUGAACUGGUAGGAGGGCUCACCCUUCUUGUAGGCCAGACCCAUUCCCUGCUUCAGCACCAGCCUGUGCAGCUGACUGCCCUGAUGGAUCAGUACAUCAGACAACAACAAGAAGAUGCUGUCACACCAGCCAAUGGGAAGCCAGAUCCUCCUGAUCCUGCUCUGGAUUCCUAGCCGGCCCAUUUUACCUAGCCUUGCACAUAAAUACACUCUGCCCUUAUU